CCAGCGCCUCCACCGCUCCCUCCUUACUCGUGGCAGGAAAAGAGCGACAAUUGCAGACUGCUUUACAUUCGAGAUCAUGAACAGGCGGAUCUGGAGUGCUCAAGGGUCACAAAAGGCCCCCUGGGCUUUGAUCUCGAAUGGAAACCGACGUACGUUACCGGCGAGCCGGAGAAUAAAGUAGCUGUAGUCCAGCUUGCCAACGCAGAUCGCAUUCUGCUACUACAGAUUAGUGCCAUGUCCAAGUUUCCAGAUAAAUUGCGUGACCUACUAGGCAAUCCCGACAUCGUCAAAGCUGGCGUCGGUAUUCAAUAUGAUUGCAAGAAAUUGUAUCAAGACCACGGGGUCUGCCUCCGUAACUGUGUGGACUUAUCGUGCCUUGCACGAUCGGCGGAUAAUGCUCGCUGGAAAGGAAAAUACAGCCAGCCUAUUGGCCUGGCGAGGCUAGUAGCUGUCUACGAGGAGUUAGAACUACCCAAGGGCAGAGUACAGCGGAGCAAUUGGGAGCGGCCACUGAAUGUGAAGCAACAAGAUUACGCGGCUAAUGACGCUCACUCCGGGUUCAUCAUCUACACAAAAUUAAUUGCCAUGGCUGAACUCGUACAGCCGAAGCCCCUCCCGUUAUAUUACACGUUUGACGUAUCAGAGGGCCUCUUAGUUGAUACCUCAGGUCAACCUUGGUCGCCGAUGAAUCCAAACUACGAUCCCGGUCCGCCUCCGCCUCCAAAAGAGAAAAAGGAAAGGAAGCCAAGAGCAGAGGGAGAACAAGCA